AUGGUAGCCACCACAGGCUCGGGAGUAAAAGUCCCUCGAAAUUUCCGACUGUUGGAAGAGCAGGAAGAAGGCCAGAAAGGAGUAGGCGACGGCACAGUUAGCUGGGGUCUAGAAGACGACGAAGACAUGACACUUACAAGAUGGACAGGGAGGAUAAUUGGGCCUCCAAGAACAAUUUAUGAAAACCGAAUAUAUAACCUUAAAAUAGAAUGUGGGCCUAAAUACCCAGAAGCACCCCCUUCUGUAAGAUUUGUAACAAAAGUCAAUAUGAGCGGCGUGAGCAGUUCAAAUGGCGUGGUGGACCCAAGGGCCACAGCAGUGCUGGCAAAGUGGCAGAAUUCCCACAGCAUCAAAGUCAUCCUGCGGGAGCUUCGACGCUUGAUGAUUUCAAAAGAGAACAUGAAGCUGCCACAGUCGCCAGAAGGACAGUGUUACAGUAAUUAG